UAGAACCACAUGCACCUACACAGCGCCAGUUUCAUUAAUUUUGCCGGUUUAUUUUCAAUUCCUUAUUGAUUUUUCUAAAGUACAGAGCUUUUAGAAAGUGCAAAAGUGUUUUUGAGUUUCUUUAUAUUGAAUUCAAAUAAUUAUUUAAGAUUUAAUUGUGAAUGAAGUUUGUCUUCGAUUUGUUUAGCUUUUUUUCCAUUAAACAUUUGACAGAAAACAGCUGAGUGGUUGUGGAUUGGAAAUGAGUUCCAUAGACUUGAUCAGAGCUUUUCAAACUAUGGGAUGUGAUGAUGAUAUGAAAUGUGCUAUUGCAAGUAUGGUUUAUUUGGACUUAAAAGAUGAUAGUAAAAUAAUAAAAUUAGAACAACAUUAUGACAAUGAUUUGGAUCUAAUUUAUUUCCACUGUCAGAGGGAAAGUUGUGAGUCCAAUAAUUUUAUUGUACCCUUUUCAAGUAGCGAGAAGAUGGAUAUGAACAGAUUAGAAGACAUCCAACGGAAACUCAACUCGAAAACCAAUAAUAUCACAAUAGCAAUUUGCGACCCCAGCUCAACAAUUCUAUAUUACAGUUCGACGAAUGAUUUUGUAGAAAAAUAAGGCUUACAGUUUGAUAUUCUCUGGAGCUUCUAAAUUUCAUAAGGAUUACAACAGUAGCAUCGACGAGAAAAACUCCCACAAGACUUUGUAAAACUUAAAUCGAUAAGAAGAAAUAAAAGAAAUGUGUUUUUAAA